AUGCGUUUUUUUGCCCCAGGCAGUGGAGAUGGGGAGCUAAUUGAUAUGGCAUUCAGCAAGAAGCGGGCUGAGGACAGAAAGCGUUGGCUGCAAGGUUACAGAGAAGGAACGUUCGUCGACCAUUCUCUUCGAGAAUUGACGUUUUCUGAUUUUGUGAAUAAGGAAUUGGUCCAAUUUUCACGAUACGACAAUGAACGCUCGAUCCCGCAGCUUGUGGACGGGUGGAAAGUAGGCCAGCGCAAGGUGCUGUUUGCUGUCUUCAAGAAAAACACAAAAGCCGAGAUGAAAGUGGCACAGCUGUCUGGAUACGUGGCGGAGCAGAGCGCCUACCACCAUGGAGAGCAGUCUUUGCAGCAAACCAUCAUUACCAUGGCACAGCGGUUUGUAGGCAGCAACAACCUUAACUUCCUUGAGCCUGUAGGACAGUUUGGCUCUCGGAAAGAAGGAGGAAAAGAUGCAUCCGCCCCCCGUUACAUCUUUACCAAGCUUGCGCCCUACACCCGGCUUGUCUUUCCUGAGGCCGAUGAUCCAUUGCUCGAAUACCUGUACGAAGAGGGACAAAAAAUUGAACCCAAGUACUAUGUACCCGUCAUCCCAACUAUACUUGUCAACGGCAGUGAAGGCAUUGGAACGGGAUGGUCUUCCUUUAUUCCAAACUUCAAUCCUAGAGACAUCAUUUCGAACUUAAAACGGUUUAUUGCCGGAGAGGAAAUGGUUCGAAUGAAGCCCUGGUACCGGGGCUUUAAAGGCCUCAUUGAGGAAAAUGCAACAAAGACCGCAUUUGAGACCAUAGGCCUUAUUGAGAAAACCGGGGAAGAUGUUGUAGAGAUAAGUGAGCUUCCGAUCAAGCGAUGGACACAGACUUGCAACGAAGGUAGUUAUGUAUUAAGGGCAUUGUUGCAGGAUUACAAGGAGUGGCUGGAAGAGCAGCUUCCAACCCCCGACAAGAAAGACCCGUGGAUAUCUGAUUUCAGAGACAGCAGCAGCCACGAAGACAUCAAAUUUGUCAUUAAGCUUUCAGCAGAAAAGCUUGAAGGAUCUGAUAAUGAAGCUUUGGUAAAACUCUUCCGUCUCAAGUCUUCUUUAAGCACGCAAAACUAUCACCUUUUCAACGCUGAGGGGAAGGUCCAGAAGUACUCUGAUGAGCUGGAGAUAAUGAAGGACUUUGCUGCCAUUCGUCUGACCUUCUACGAAAAACGUAAAGCAUACCUCAUUGCCGUGUCGGAGAAGGAAAAGUCCAUUCUGCACAACAGAGUCCGCUUCAUCACAUCUGUCCUAUCGGGGGAGUUGGUCGUGAGCAACAAACGUCGCCAAAUCUUGAUAGAAGAACUAUUUGCCAAGGGGUAUGACCCGAUGCGCGAGCUGGAGAAGAAGUGCGCAAGCCUCAUUGAGAGCAUCCUGAAUCGCCAGACUCCUCAAGAGCAUGGUUUAUCUGACAAAGAAAGCGCCGAUGAAGAACCGCCUUCAGCCUGUGGAUGUGUCGGGUCGGACUUUGACUACCUCGUCGGAAUGCCAAUGUGGAGUUUAACAGCUGAAAGGGUGGAAGAUUUGAAACGACAACUGCGAGAUAAGGAAGUGGAAUUGGAGUGUCUAAGGCAAACGGACAUUCGGACUCUGUGGCUUAAGGAUUUGGAUGCUCUUUUAGAGGCCAUCGAGAAGCAGGAUGCGGCUGACAUGAAGCAGCGAGAAGCAGACUUGGCGUUCCACAGGCAAAUGGAAAGCAAGAAGGGUCUUAAGGGCUUCUCAGCUCUUAAGGGAAAGCCCAAAGCCGCCAAGGGAGGAGCCCCCAAAGCAGCGCCUAAAGUCGGGAGUGCCAAAUCGACAUCUAAGGCUCGCAAGAAGGUACGGUCAAGCUCAGAAGAGUCCGUAAGCUCGUCAGAGGAUACUGGCGAAUCCACAGAUGAAUUGAGCCUUGCGGACGACUCAUCCGAGGAGGAUCGGUCCCCAAGGAAGCGUCCAAGACCUGCACAGAAGAAAACAAACGGAGUGAAGCCUCAGGAGGAACCGCUAACCACAGCUCAUCCCACCUCGAACAGCACAGUCACACAAGGGUUGCCGCCCCUACUUGCCUCACAGGAAACUCCCAAGUUAUCAGCGGACAAGGGAGAAAAACCGGAAGAGUCUCCACAGGCACCACCUCCUAUCCAGUCGCUUUCCCUUCUCGACCGUCUGCGGCUGGGAGGAAGCAGUUCAUUCUCCUCCUUAGCCCCCGUCCGCACUAAACAGCUGACCCUGGACGAGAUAUUCGGUCCCUCCAGCAGCACCACGGCUAAGCCCUCUGAAGUGGCAACGCCAGCACAAGCUGCAGUGCCAACGCCAGCACAGGAUGUAGUGCCAACGACCGCAGCGGGUGAUUCAGCAGAUCCCUCCAGAGACUCUUGUGGGGAGUCUGCAAUCAUGAGAACUCCCCCCAAACCCAAACGGCGGAGAGUGUUGGUGGACUCAGAUGACGACUCAGUCCCCAGAUCUGCCAACAGAUCGAAAGCCUCCACCCCCAGAAGGUCAGCUCCGUCGACGCCACAGAAGCCAAAACCUCGUGGGACUCCCAAAAAGCACAAGGGUGAAACCGACGAUGACGAAUCAGACUCACCUAAAGGCGGAGAUUUAGGUAUAGAGGAAUCCCCUAUUGCCUCGAAUAGGCCCCGCCGAGCAGCAGCGCAGGCGCCCAAGAAGUACACCAUGGACUCUUCAGAGUCGAGUGAGGGGGAAAGCGAAGCUUCUGAAGCGGCUUCUGAAGAGUCUUCAGAAGCGGAAGUCAUCUCCGAAGACGACGACUAG